CCUGUUCUCGCGCCUUUUUCUAUGAUUUUGUUCAUCAGCAUAUUAAAACAUCAUUUGGUUGACUCAUAGUAAACAUCAUGGCGAAUUCCAGUAACAGCUCUCGUGCCAACUCACCGAGCGCUACGAGCGAAAAAACGCGUUGUACCAUUUUUCGGAAGGAGUAUGAAUACAACAGGGCCAAGAAUGUUUUCUCAAAGCCAAUCAUCAAGCCAGCUCUGUCUGACACUCGGCCGGUGAAUGUCCUCAAACUCCUGAUCCAACAGCGUGAGCUGGAGAAAGAAGCUGCUCUCAAAGCCGAGAUCGUCAGUAGCAAAGACGCUUCCGAUAACGAGGAUGCUGAAGACAACAAAGAAAACAUUGAUAAUAUUCAAAAGGUUCGAAAGGAACGUGUCUUUGAGCAGGAUGUUACUGAGAAGGAGAUGGAUAUCAUUCAACAGCGUAUUGCGUUUCAACAGCGUCAGUUCGCUGCCUUUGAAGAGAGAGAGAAGCAGCGACGCUAUAAGAAGUUCAAGCAGCAUUACGGGUACUUGGUUGAGGCAGAAAUUGAUGAAGCCUACGAGGACUGCAACAAUGAUGAAGACGAUGCCUUUGUUCAAUUCAGCACUCGUGGCUAUCUAGAGAAGAUCCGCCGUACAAUCGCCAUCCGCAACCACAGGCCUGCAACAAUCACUGUCAUGGAUGAUCAGCAACGCGCUCGUUAUGAAGAGCAUCUGAAGAAGCGCCGCGAGGCACCUCGUAUGCGUACUACAACUGCACAAAAAAAGCAAUAUCGCAUGGGUGGCCGCUUGGGCUUAGAUGAAGCACUUAAGCAGGUGCAAGAAAACACAGUCGAUGCUUCCAAGGCCUUUGAGGGUUGGUCUGAUGCUCGCAUCAAAGCUUAUGCAGCUAUUGACAAGAAGCCUAAUACCUAUUAUUAUCGGUUCAACGCACCUGGAGAAGUCCAACGCAAGGGUGCAUGGACCAAAGAAGAGCAGAAGAGGUUCCAUGAACGAUUGGCUGAGAUUGGUGCCAAUGGGCAAUGGGGGAUUUUCUCAAUGACCAUCCCAGGACGCGUUGGUUACCAGUGUUCCAAUUACUAUCGCUUGCUUGUGGAGACAAAUCAAAUCCAGGACCCCAACUAUGUAUUAGAUGAGAAGGGGAAAGCCCACUAUCUUUUUGAUAAAAAGGGUGCAAAUGGAGAGACGACUAAGGAGUUUAGGACACACAAUAAGCACAACAUUGGAGGAAGCGAAGAAAAACCGACUGUCUUGAAGCCACCAAAAGAGCCCAAAGCUUCCAAAGCUCCCAAAGAAUCUAAACCACCAAAAGAACCUAAAGCUCCCAAGGCUCCCAAGGUCCCACGGGAGCCCAAAACUUCUGCCGCUGCUAGUCGAAACAAGCGUAAGAGACGCAGUCUCUAUAAUGAUGAUGACUCCUCUGAUAUCUCUGAGUUUGAUUGCGAUGAUUCGGGAUCCUACAUGGCAAAGUGGAGCACAACGAAGCGAACACGUACUCGUGCAGCUAACGCCGCGAAUGGUUCACCUUCUGGAGCUGGAGGAAGUGAUGGCGGCCAGGAAGAGGAAAUUGAAGGUGAAGAAGAUGAGGAUGCUUUGAACCCCCUUCCUAAAUUCAUUGACCCAAUUACACUGGAGGUAGUGGAAAAGCCAGCCAUUUCCAAGUAUGGACAUGUCAUGGGCUAUGAUAGUUGGAUUCGUUGUCUUUUACAAGACGGUGCCGCCAAAAAUAUUUGCCCGUUGACCAAGAAACCUCUAACGAAGCGCGAUCUGACCAUUUUAACUUUCGAGAACAUCGAGGAAUACAGGGACAAGAUCGUCAAUAUGUAAACAUGUACUUGUUGUAAGGCGAGCUGUAAAAAAAGAAUCAAUUCUGGAUGACUGAAUAAAUUUCGAGCGACUCGUUGGCUUCAAUACUGGAUGAAAUUGCUUCGCUCCUUAGUGAAUUAUAGCCAAAGAUAGAUGGAGCGUAUGUCGUGAAACAAUGAAUAAACUUGAAGAGUA